CAGGGUUAACUAGCUCCGGGGUUCUCAGCAAGAAAAUAAAUCUUGUAAAUAGCUUCACCUGGUAUGUUUUGUUACGCCAAAAAGCUUUUAAAUUAAUAUUUUUGUGUCGGUGAAUUAGCGUCAGUUGUGGUGAUAAUGAGGAAGUCUAUGUGCAAUCAGAUUCUUAAAUCUGCUCUGUCUCAAAGAGCCUCAGUGGUUUGGCGCUGCUAACGCGCGCGAGUUUUCAAAGUGGGCGAGUCUAACAAGGUACGGCUAGCAAGAGUUAGCUUUGUUCGCUACAAAGUUAGCUUCCAUCUUAAAUGCUCGUAAACUGGCCUAUAAUUUGGCAUUAAACCUGCGUGUCUUGUUAAAAGUGUUGGGCACAUGUUUCCAGAGCUCGACUGGAUCGUUUGUUUGGCAUGUCCGGGUUUACCGCUGGCUAAAAAGCCUCACUGAUUUGUAAUAAACAGUGCAGCAUGGUUAACAGUUAAAGCUAAUACUCAAUAAAGGGAUACGCAGUUCAGCAAAGGAGACAUCUGGCGUCUUUUAACUAACGGGAUCCCCUAAACGACCAGGAGGGUGUGCAUGAUGUCUAUUGAUUUUGACAGUGCUGCUCUUCAAACCCAACACGAUGAAGAGGAAUACGACCAAGAGGACUACGCCAGAGAGCAAGAGCUGCACAAGCUGCUCACAGACUUGCCUGAUGACAUGCUUGAGGACAGCAUUGACUCUUCCUCCCCAGAGCUGGAUUACACUGCCUGCAGUAAUAAAAACUCUGGCAACAGCCCACAGUCCAGCUGGACUCGGCAAUGGUCUGAUCAUCCAAGGCCAGCCCCUCAUACACAGAACUAUGAAGAUCACUAUGAUGAAGGGUUGAACAAUGAGUAUGCAUAUAAGGACGGAGCUGCUCGUAUUAAUGGACAUCGGAGUCCCCCUCAAAGUCAACCACUGCCUCACACCUGGAACCAGGAUCAUCAGUUCACACAAGCAGAUUAUACAUGCACAAGCAUGGGCACAGACAAAAUGACAGAGACCAGUGAUUUUUCCACUGAGUUUGAGUCUAAACCAUACCCUCAGGGUGCCAGUAAUCACGUGGAAUAUAAUGGAGAAAGAGGAUACAUAGACAAGCAAAACCACCAAUUUCAAUCUGAAGUAUGUGACAGAGGUGCAAAUCAGUACAAGGUGAGCUACAAUCCUCAUCAUCCUGCCCAUCAGCCAAACAUGUUUAAGCCACAGGCUGCUCCGCAAGGUCAGUUUGACCAUCUGCAGAGAGAUUUCCUUGACUCGACACAACAAAAUGCUGACCGGGAGCAGCUUGCCCAGGUGCAGAUUUUGAACAAAGCUCAACAGAGGCAAAUUGAAGACUUGGAGCGAAAACUUGAGGAUUCACGGCGUAACAUGAGAUACCUCGAGCAUCAGUUUGUAAUCGUCAAAGAUGAAAAGGACGGCCUAGCAGUAAGUUUAAAGGAAGCGAGUCGAUUGAUUGAAGAAGCCAAGGAAAGAGAGGUCCAAAUGCAAAACAAGCUGAAGGCAAUGGAGCAGCAAGUACAGAUCCUCACUGAGAGAGACCACGAGAACAUGAAGAAACAGAGGGUGGCAGAUGCUGCGGUAGACAGCAUGAAGCAACAGAUGUUGGAGCUUCGCCGUUCUGACACGCUGUCCAGAGCGCGGGAACAGCAUGACAGAGACCUUGCCGUCAUAAAGGAGCAGCAUGAAGCUGCUCUGUUAGCCCUGCAACAGAAGCUGGACUCUACCUCUCAGGCUUUGAAUGAACAGCUUGAUAUUGGUCAGAAGUUACGGGAGCAUGUGAAGCUGUUGGAGCGCCAGAGAGAAGAAGAGCAGCUGGAGAGAGCCAGAGUGGUGAAUGCACUCACUCAGCGUCUGGAAGAGAGUCAACAACAAUGUGCCAAGCUGCUGCAGACAAAUUCAGUGCAAGAGAUGAGUCAAAUGCAAAUCAAACUACAGCAGGCACUCUCAGCCAAGGCCUUGAGUGAGAACAUGAACAAAGUUUUACAGGAGGAUAUGGCUGAUCUGAAGGAGCAGAUCACUCUGUAUGAAUCUGCAGUGAAGCACGGUGUCAUUGCGAUAGACCUAAGCAGCAACUGGGAGAACCAGCUGUCUGAAUCCUGUGUGGAUUUGGGGUUGAAGAAAACAAACAGGAAAAAUGGCACACUUAAUAGUACUGCUUUGGCUCACCUGUCAGACUCCAAGCUGCCCAAGGAUGAGGCUUUAAGGUUGCUACGAGUAGAGAUGCAGCGCUGCCUGGGUAGUUUAAAGGGGAAGCGGCAGAAGAUCAACCAGCUGCAGGAGGAGCUCCAGCAGUGUCAGCGUCGAGUGAAUGAAAUGCAGAUUGAAUUAGAUGAAACAAAACUUAACUCUGAGAUGAAAGAAACCAGCCAGAAGAAACAUCAAGACAUGACUGGAGACUCUCAAAAAGAGUUGAUGAGGUUACAGGAGGACAAAGCACACUUGCAGGAACAAGUGGAGCUGCUAGAAAAGAAGAAUCAGGAGCUGAAAGAAAACAAGGAAAAACUGAAGUCUGCCAAUUCUGAGUUGUGCACCAAAAUGAGGGAGAUGAUCCAGGAGCUCGACCAAGAAAAGCAAGAAGCUGCUGAGAGAUCUGAGCGGAUUCAUCAGCAGUACAGGAAUGAUGUGGUUAACAGGAUCAAAACAGAACUCAUGCUGGAACACGAUGCUCAGGUAGAGCGGCUGACGACACAGCACCAGCAGCAGCUUCAGCAGUUACAAAGCCAGCUCUCUGAAGCUAAUGAUAAGAUGCUGGCGGUACAAGAAUGUUACAUAUCUGUCUGCAAGGAGAAGGACUUGCUUGAAGAAAGCAUCCGCAGCAGAGAGAAGGAGGAGAAGUUGAUCAGAGAGGAGAGUGGCACAGCUAUGCAGAAGCUGAGAAGUGAGCUUGAGGCUCAGCAUCAGGCCUCAGUUAUGGAGCUCAAAGCUGUCUGGUCCAAAGAGAAAGAGGCUGAGUUCCAGCAAACACUGACUUCUCAUUUAGCUUCCACUGAGGCUGCAUGGAAGGAUGAGUUGCAAAAGAUGGAGAAGACCUGGGCCCAGAGGUUGGAGGAGGCUACAAGAGAGGAACAUCAAGAGGUUGCUGAGACGAGCUGUCAGACGGAUGAGAAUGAGGUCAGUUGGACAAUUUCUGCUGAGGAGUUGGACUCCAGGCUCAGUGCCCAGAGACAGCAGCUGCAACUGGAAUCUGAAAAUGUCAGAAGGAAAGCUGUGGAGGAAGCCAGGAAACAAGUCCAGAGAGAGUUGCAGGAGAAACACCUGGACGACAUGGCUAAACAAGUUGAAGGGGCAGUAACCAGAGCCUAUAAUCGCUGGAUUGAGGAUCUCACUUCACUGCCAGAAUAUCAAGCUGCUCUACAAACUGAGAAGGAGAAAUGGGAACAACUGCAAGAAAAACACACCCAACAGAAGGUGUCCCAAGCCCUGAAGGAGGCGGAAGAGCAGUGGCGCAGGAAGCACAAGAACCAGCAGGAGGAGAACGGCUCUGGGCCACAAAGGAUGGAAGAGCAGCAAGAGGAACUGGCAGCCCUCCAGAGCCAGCUGGAGCAAGUGACCAGAGAGCAAGCUGCCUUAUUGAAAGCUGAGCUGGCUGGAGCGAGAGCAGCCUGGAACAGAGACAAACAGCAGGAGAUCGCCAUCAUCCAGGCCCGCAGCGAGCAGGUAUAUCAAGCCAAGCUGCAAGAGCAGUACAAAAAGCUGGAGCAGGCUGUACUCCAAGCCAGAGAAGAUGCUGAUCUCCAAAAGAAUGAGCUGCUCCUACAGAUGGAGGCCAAGCUUCAGCAAACUGUGAGUGCUCGUGAGGAGGAGUGGCGAUGCCAGCAUGCAGAAAAGGAAAUGAUCCAAGGAAAGCAGAUAAGAGAUGAACUACAAGCAGAGCUUCAGACUGCACUCGCAGAGGUCCAGGCACAACUUCUCAGGAAUACCAAAACGGAUCAUCAGGGUACUGAAGACACUCAAAGGACCAGCAGGGCUACAUCAGAGGCUACAAUAACACACAUCAUCCAAACUUCAUGCAGAGACAUAGUCCAAAGAGCAGUAGCCCAGGCUAAGAAGGAAUGGAAAACAAUGAGUGAAGAGAAUUUGAGCCGUGCUUUGAAAGAAACGCAAAAACAGCACGAAGGAGAAAUAAAGAAAAUGCAAACAGUCUUAUCCCAGCAGAGGGAGCAGUGUCAUUGCAGGAAGGAGUGCAGUGAAAGUGUAAGUAAGCUGCAGAAGAAGAAUCAGGAGCUCCAGAGACAUUUAGAGAAAACCUGUCGGCAACUCCAGCACAGCGUUAGAGAGCACAAAACUGCCAUACAGCAUCUCAAAGAUGAGCAUGAAAGCGUCUUACAGAGGGCAAAGGAGGAACAUCUGCAACAGUUAGAGGAAGUGAAGAGAGCAACAGAAUCAUCAGGAAGUUCUGGUCAGCAGCAAAAGCUUCAGCAAGGCCUGGAGGAGAUGAAGCAGCAGUACCUGAUGACUGUGGAAAAGAUCAGAGGUUUCACUAAGAACCUGCCAGCCCUCACUGAGCUUCCUGACUUCAGGACAGAGGAGAGAUGCCACAGGGAAAAGACUUGUGCUGAUUCAGAACAGAAGCCAACCGCAGAUGUGAGAACUAAACUUUUGAGCCAUCUGGACAUUCUUGCAUCAAGGAGGGAGGAGACCUCUGUGGAUGAAGGGAUGAAGCCCCAAAAUGUUUAUACUACCCAGCCGUCGUACAAAUCCUCUCAUCAGACGGUUUCUCCAUCCCACAUGAAUUUGGUCAAUGUGUCUGUGAGGUGUAAAAGCAGGGAGAUGUACAUGCAGGGAGGUGACUCGAGGAAAGCCGAAAACCAUUUGGAUUCACAGCGUCAGAGAAAACCUGUCCUCAUCCAGGAGGCUCCUGUCAGGGAUGAGAAACAGAACGAUUGGAGCAUGACUAGUGGUGACUCUGACACAGACUUCCAAGUCCCCAGACUGUCCUACUCAGAGAGGAAAGUGGAACCAGUGAAACCCUUUUCUGCGUCGGCUGCAUCAGCCAGCAACAUAGGGGAAUUCGGCAGUCUCAGCCCUGAUGUUUCUGACCUCACUGUUUAUAAUGAGAUUUCUAAGAAGACUCCUGACACAGAGACAUUUGUGCAUGCAAAGAGGAGUGUGCACAGAGAGCCUACACCUGGCUCUGAAUGUGAGAAGCUGCAGGAAGGCUGGUCAAGGCCUCCGUUUUCUGAGUUGAGGCAGCGCCAACAGGACAGCGGCUUUGACAGUCCCUUCUACCAACAGAAAUAACAAGCGAAGGGCAGACAUGAGGUAAAGUUUCAGUUAGCUUAUCAAAUGGUGCCUUACAGUGUCAAGUGUUUACAUUAUAUAAAAUUUUGUCCUGAAGGUGCUU